AUGUCCACUGGCGAUGCAGCCCGGCAGAAGACGCCGGAUGCCGAUGUUGACGAGCUUCAUCUUCGUAUGCAGCAGCUCAUGGCCUCGCCCGGAAACGUUAACGGCACCGCAGCUCGCGUCUCGGGUAGUGGCAUCAAAGCUAUCGAGGACACGAUAGCAACCGACCUCGAGAAGUUCCGGCCGACGACGGUCGACAAGAUGCUUGAGGCCUUCCUUCGAAUGGUUCUCAUAAAUGAAGAAGUCUUCCAAGGCGGACAAGCGCUCUUGGAUCAUUACCUGACUGCUGUUCUUCCUGUAUGCAACGACCCAAGUGUCAAGGAUCAUCUGGAGAGCUACUGCAUCGCGGACAGCGAGGCUGCUCGCUAUGCGCCGUUUAUCACCUGUUUCAACGCUGCAUUACGCAAACUCGAGGCAAUUGAUGGCGAGUUCUUGAAGGCCUUGCCCUCGCAAGACAACAGGAUCAUCUUCUGUCGAAACGACCCACGGCCUAUUUCUGCCAACUACGAAGGUAAUAGGACUAAAGUGAAACCCGACGUCGUGAUUACGACGUUGCGAGGAGCUAGGGUGCGGUGUGGUAAAAAUGCGGACGAUCGGUUGGACUAUUUCUGGGUUCUCAGCAAAGCCCCUAUGGCGCCGCUUGAGACCAAAGCUUCAGAGCUCUCGCCUUUUACGUGGGACCAUGUUCUGUCUUCGCAGGAGUUCAAGGCUUGGUUCAAAGCGUUGAAUGCUCGCCCACGCCCUACCUACGAUAGCAUCAAGCUACAGAGACCAGAUAUACCACCUUUCGAGGAUGUUCGUGCCAUGGUGCCUCCUGGGAAACUCACAGCACCAGCGGAUCAGUCUUAUCUGCAGUCCCAGCCCGCGCAAAGCUCUGGAAGCAAGCGCAAGGCAGAAGAAGACCUUGAUCAAGAGAGGUCUACACUUGCAGGUCAGAGGAGGUCUAGUCGGGACACGAGAGCAUCGCAGGAGGCGGCGCAUAAGAUGCAAGAGGAGGAAAUGAAGAUGGUCGUUGCGAAGGUGAAGGCCCAUCUUGCACAACAGACAAAUCAGAUGUCGGUGAGAUCCGACCUACCUCCGAUGGUCCAGACGGGGACGUACGCUGCGAACAUGCUAUCCCGUACCAGCAUUACCUCGCACGCCAUCAACAUGGCGAUAAUUGAUACGAUGGUCUGGGUAUGGUGGUGCGAUCGUGAAGGGGCAAUACAGUCUGCCGGCAUUGACUUCGUUGAAGACCUACCCCGCUUCCUCGUCUUACUCCUCGCGUUGCAACGUUUUGAUUUGAGCGACUGGGGCUUUGUUCCUGAACUGGAUUCCAAAGUCCAGGAGAUCCACCGUGGGGCGAAGGCGAAGGCAGCUCUAUUGUACGACGUGCCACGGUCCGCCGAGGUCAAGAUCAGCCUUCACAAGAACCCUCUUUAUCACCGAUACACCCUCUUGGGGAGGGGCACGCUCGUGCUCGACAUCGAUCGACCAGAAGCUCUCUUACCCGCCGGAGACGAGCGGGGCUACGUCGUCAAGCUCUCGUGGCCUGACAGCGGGCGCAAAUCCGAAUUCGAGCUCAUCGCACAUCUGCUCGAGGCAUGUGAGGGCGUCAGCGACAUCGUUGAUCACCUACCACGUAUCGUCGCGUCUCGUACUCACGAUGAUCAGUCAACUAGGACGAUCCGGGAGAUACUUGGCAUCAAGUCCAGAGAACGCACGGCGCGACGUCGCGACGAGACGAUGCAGACUAUCCCCAUCGACGCGCAUCGCGUGCUUCGCUCUGUGGUGUCCGAAAAGCUAUCUCCGGCUGAGCAUCUGGUUGGUGCAGAGUUUUUGAAGGUCGCCCUAGAUGUCGCGCUGUGUCAUUACCUUGCCUGGACGAAGGGCAAUGUCCAUCACAGAGACAUUAGCCUUGCAAAUAUCAUGUACAAGACCAACGACCAGGGCGAAAUAGUUGGCGUCCUGAAUGACUGGGAUCUCUCAACCUUCGCCGACGCCCUGCACGAUGGGUUGGAACGCACCGGUACCAUCCCUUUCAUGGCCAUGGAGCUCCUCCUCGCAGAGGGUGUAGCGGGCCACAUUGAGCAUCUCUAUCGGCAUGACCUUGAGGCCCUAUUCUGGGUGCUAGUAUGGGUCUGUUAUCCCGUGACGACAUUCUCGUCCUGGGAAACAGGCACGUACGCCCAGUGCCGCGUGAACAAAGGCGACUAUCUCAACUCCGGAACUCACGCCAAAAUUCUACCUGCAUGGCGCGGCCUCGAAUCUCUGCUCUUGGGGCUCACGAUCUGGUUCCAUGGAAUCCAGACGGAUCGUGCCGGGAAGAGGCGGUUGGCUAAGUUUCGUGCGAAAGGCAAAAAUCCGUAUCCGACUAUCGAAGAGCAGACUCCGCAGGAGAUCUGGAAGGAGUUCUGUGAUACGCUACGAGCUGCCAUUCCGGAUCUGAACGAGCAAGAGUCCGGACCUAGUGUCGCACGCGUGUUGGAGAACUUCCUUGCGAGGGCAGACAAGUACUGA